AUGUCGUUCACUGCCUUUAAAUUCCCAGCUGACAGUAUAAGCCCAGUUUCAAGCACAGAGAGUCCAGGGUUACUCUCUGACGAGUUUCCUGCCAAAGGUAGACCACGAUACAUGCGACGACGUUGGCUCGACUCGGAGCUGGAAGACAUAAGAGUUACUGUUUUGCAAGUCUAUGCACCGACAGCAGAUAGCGAUGAAGAACAACACGAUGACUUUUACGAACAAUUAGCUGAACUU